GCGCGCGCGUGCUGGAGUCCUCACUUCACGUUACGUCUCAUCAGAGAGAGCAGCAAACGUGUGUUAACCGGUGAUAAUAUCAAUCUUCUAAUCACAUACUGAGUAUGAAGGUGGGUACAAUGUGGAUACGAAUGAUCCAGAGGCUGUUUGGUAAGCGUACCAAAGUCCAUCGUCUUCCUAAGGAGAAAGUGAAAGAGAACGGGACAAAUGAUUUGAAGGAGGAAUUUGCAGAUGAGAAUAAGGACCAGGAGCACCUGCAGGCAGAAAUGAAGACCUCUCAGAAGAGAUUGGAAGACAGCCACGAAAUCCUGCUGUCACUUCACAUGACCUUCAGAAAGCAUGCAGAGUGCUCUGAGAAUCUUUUGAGUGAGAUGGAAAAAUUGAUAGAUGCUAUUAAGAAGACAAAAACAGCUGAUAUGGAAGUCAGUCAGGCCGUCACACCAGUUCCAGGAUCUUUCUCUCCAUCAUCCUCUUCUUUUAGCUCUGCCAGGAUCCGUCUUCCACCUAUAAAAGAGCUCCAGCAUUCCUCUGUGGACAAUUUGCACACUGAUGAUGCAAAGUCAUCACAAUCCUUCAAGCUAGCAUGGGCUGCAAAUGAAAGCAGCAAUGACACAGAAGAGACAUUUCUGACUGGCACUGAGAAGAAUGAAAUUGAUCUGCAAACCGUCGAGGAGUUAUCCACAGAACAAGAAACAAGAAGUCUAACUAUCGACGACAUUCAAAACAAGCCACUUGAUGGAAAGAUACGUCGUUUGGAGAUGGAGUUUCAGGCUGAGAAAGAUAAAUGGGAGGAGGAGAAGCUGAAACUAAAACAUGAGAUGGCUGAGGCAAAGCAGAAAAGACAGAAGAAAACUAAAGACCUGAAAUUGAAAAUCAAAUGUCUGGAAAAGGAGGCCAAGCGUGAAAAGCAGGAGAGAAAACAAGCUAAAGGAUCUAGAAAAGGAAAUAAAGGAUGAGAAAGCAAUGCUUCUCCUUAAGAUGAAAGAGCUAAAGAAGAAACUGAAGAUGGAGAUAAAGGAGGAGUGUAAUGAGAAAGAGAUGGAAGAGCACAGGAAGGAUGACGAGGAAGUGGAUGACGCAGAAAACAAAAAUGUCAUAAACGUAUUUAAAAAUGUUGGAUUUAGGAGAUGUAAGGCAGUGUAACGAAACACCUUGGAGAUCUAUAGGCAGACAUUCAGCCAGACAGACAUGCACUGAUAAGCCUCAAUAAAAGCAAUGCAUUAAAAAAAAA